GCAAACACCACACGCACUCGUUGUGAGGCCGGGAAGACGGAGGGUCGCACUUUGCGGAAAAAUAUAACAACAUAAAUAAAAGUACACUUGGUGCCGAGAGGAGUCACUGUCUCAACAGACGCCGCUGCGACACACGACGCGACAGGAAUAGUUUAUUAAGGUGAUUGUUCUAACCAAAGAUGAACUUCGAGCAGCCACCACCAUACCCGGGCAGCGGCCCCUCUGCUCCAGGCUACCCAGCACAGGGCCCACCUCCACAAGGUUACCCACCUCAGGGUUAUCCUCAGCAGGGAUACCCUGUGAACAUGGAGCAGCCUAAUUCAGCAUACCCCAACUACCCUGCUGGACAAAUGGGCCCUGGGGGUCCUUAUCCUGCUCAAGGAAUGCCUCCUUAUCAGGGAUACCCAGCGCAACCGCAGUUUGGCUGGCAGGGGGGACCUGCUCCUGGGCCUAUGUAUGGAGAAGCACCCAAAAACACAGUGUAUGUGGUGGAGGACAGAAGACAAAACGACUCAGGAGACACAUGCCUGACAGCUUGCUGGACAGCUCUGUGUUGUUGCUGUCUCUGGGACAUGCUUACAUAACGCUACUUGACCACCCACUCCACCUCCACCUCCACUUCCACCCCAUUUCUGUGCCUUGAACCCUUUCGCCCUCCUUCCCAUCUGCCUUAAACUUUGCACCCCCUUAACAUUUCCCUACACAUCUUUUUAUUUUUUGCUUGUCUAUAAAUAGUAGCCUUGAUCCCAUGUGGAAGUCUCUUCUUGCGGCCACUGUCUCCUCCUCAAAUGUGAAAUCCUCAGCUCAGAUUGACUGACCGACGCUGUCCAGGGGCUACUCGAUAGCAGCUUGUAACUGAGCUUCAAAACACGACCUGAAUCUCAGGCACUUCACACAUGCACACAUACAGAGUAUACUUAGACCUCAGGCUCAUUGAAUGUGAUGCUCUUAAGGCACUUUAUAAUGAUUACCUCUGUAAGAUACUACUCCUGCCUGACAUUUCAAACAAACCCCCACCCCCUCAGCUAUGUUACUUCCUCUGCCCAAAAACCCGCCCCCCCCAUGUCCUUUGAAGCCACUAAGACCCUGUCCGUCAAGAAGCCUGUGUUUGAAACAUUUCCCUUGCAUGUGCACACUUUUGUUCUUUUUUGCAGACGUACGUCUUCAGGUGGAAUCACAUGACAAUAAAUGGAGUACAGUUUUAAAGGGUACAGUGAUUUAUGUUUGAUUAGUGUUCACAUUCAAUGUUGACAGCUUUUUUUUUGUUCAUGAUAACCUUGAUAUGAAAAUGAUUUCGAUAUUACUUUUAUUACAAACAUACCUUAGCAAACAAAAAGAAAAUCUGAAUAAGAAAGUUGUGAUUGCGCAACAGAGGAAUCAAAUGACUUGUUAGAUGCCUGUUUGCUUUAGAUGAUAAUCUUGCAUUAAAAUUUAGUCCCAUGAAA